UCGGGAAUUACUGCCCUGCCGCCGACUAAGUUGCAUUCCUUGAAUCUUCGCAGAAAAGACAAUUCUUUAAUCAGAGUUAGUAAUGUGGACAGUACAAAAUCGAGAGAGUUUGGGACUUCUCUCUUUCCCUGUGAUGAUUGCCAUGGUCUGUUGUGCACACAGCGCCAAUGAGCCCAGCAACAUGUCAUACGUGAAAGAGACAGUGGACAGAUUGCUCAAAGGAUAUGACAUUCGCUUGCGGCCGGACUUUGGAGGGCCCCCUGUGGAUGUAGGGAUGCGGAUCGAUGUCGCCAGCAUAGACAUGGUCUCCGAAGUGAACAUGGAUUAUACACUCACCAUGUAUUUCCAGCAAUCUUGGAAAGACAAAAGGCUUUCUUAUUCUGGAAUCCCGCUAAAUCUCACACUAGACAACAGGGUAGCUGACCAACUCUGGGUGCCAGACACCUACUUUCUGAAUGACAAGAAAUCAUUUGUGCAUGGGGUUACAGUCAAGAAUCGAAUGAUCCGACUGCAUCCUGAUGGAACAGUUCUCUACGGACUCCGGAUCACAACCACAGCUGCAUGUAUGAUGGACCUACGAAGAUAUCCUCUGGAUGAGCAAAACUGCACUCUGGAGAUUGAAAGUUACGGCUAUACCACCGAUGACAUUGAGUUUUACUGGAAUGGAGGAGAGGGAGCAGUAACUGGAGUUAAUAAAAUUGAGCUUCCUCAGUUUUCAAUUGUCGACUACAAGAUGGUCUCCAAGAAAGUGGAGUUCACAACUGGGGCAUAUCCACGACUGUCGCUAAGUUUUCGUCUGAAGAGAAAUAUUGGCUACUUCAUUUUGCAAACCUACAUGCCUUCCACGUUGAUUACAAUUCUGUCCUGGGUGUCUUUUUGGAUCAACUAUGAUGCAUCUGCAGCCAGAGUUGCAUUAGGAAUCACCACCGUGCUGACAAUGACAACCAUUAGCACUCACCUCAGGGAGACUUUGCCAAAGAUCCCGUAUGUCAAAGCGAUUGACAUUUACCUGAUGGGUUGCUUUGUGUUUGUGUUCCUGGCUCUCCUGGAAUAUGCCUUUGUAAACUACAUCUUCUUUGGAAAAGGCCCUCAGAAAAAGGGAGCUGGCAAACAAGACCAGAGUGCCAAUGAGAAGAACAAACUGGAGAUGAAUAAAGUUCAGGUCGACGCCCACGGCAACAUCCUGCUCAGCACCCUGGAGAUCAGGAACGAGACGAGCGGCUCGGAAGUGCUCACGGGCGUGAGCGAGCCCAAGGCCAGCAGCAUGUACUCGUACGACAGCGCCAGCAUCCAGUACCGGAAGCCGCUCAGCAGCCGCGGCGAGGCGUACGGGCGCGCGCUCGACCGGCACGGCGCGCACAGCAAGGGGCGCAUCCGCCGGCGCGCCUCGCAGCUCAAGGUCAAAAUCCCCGACCUGACGGACGUGAACUCCAUAGACAAGUGGUCCCGAAUGUUCUUCCCCAUCACCUUUUCUCUUUUUAACGUCGUUUAUUGGCUUUACUAUGUACACUAAGGUCUGUCCUGAGGGUUCGUAAACGACUCCUGUCCUCUUUUCAUUUGUAACCCCACAGGCCCCCCAGCAGCGACACUGCUGUGUUUUUCUGAGGAGGGAAGAAAAAGGAAAGUGCAAGUAUUUGUUCAUGUUGGUUCAAUCAGCAAUUACUGGGAUGAGAAAGAGAAAAACGAACAAAUAUCUCAGUUUCCUGAAAGCAAACAAAGGUAAACUUGUUAACGGAAUGUAGAAUAUUAUGUAAACUUCCUUGUAAAUUCUGUACAUAGUUCAUUGAAUUGUUCCUUGUUGCGUGGUGGUCUUUGGCUUUGGGUGGAUGUUUGAACAAUCCGAGCAUUGUAAAUAAUGUAAGCUAAAAGGCACUUGCUUUUAUUCACAAAGUGAAGCAACUAGUGAUUUGGGCCCAAACCAGAAUCUUUUUAGCUCUUACUCUCUCUCUGCCAUUGCGCGUGUGCAGUUGCGUCGCUCUGCCGGGUGUCUGUGAUCACUGCCUCAUGCCCUAACUCCACAAAGAGGGACAGUAGCUGCGACAAGGCUGUGCUCCCGUGGGGCUCAGGGAUGGCGCACCAGCAGAGACCGGAACCAUAGCGAGCUGCUCCUGGAACCGUAUCAUGAAAAUUAGGUGUGUUUUUAGCAGUCAUUCGUGGCUAUUCAUAUAUUGAAAUACCAAAUCAUCCAUGCUGUUUGAGGGGUCAGGAAUGGAAGGGAUGUUCAAAAUCCACACGUAAUCUAAAGCAUCAUUUGCACCAAUAGCUUUAGAUUCUACCUUUUUUCCUUCCACAAUGUUUCCCAGAACUUUGAACAAGACUAGAAGUGAGUGGAUGGGUUUGAUCAGGGUAAACAGUCAAAUGUCCAAAUGAUGGGAAGGAAAAAAGGAAGAGACAGUGAAUGACAUUGAUAACACCAACUGGCUGAUUCAUCCCGCAAAGAUUCAGAAGUAACAUGUCACCGUUUCUAAAAGGUAAAGAGAAAUAUUGGGAAUUAAAGCAAGUAUUUUUCAACUGGGAGCCCGGGAUGUGUUUGAUAUGUGCUAGUUAAACUUAGAAUCUGGUGAUUAAAUAUUUUCACAUAUAUUUCUCCCAAGUCCUAAUAUUCUUGAAAAAGACUUCAGAAUGGUGGGAUAUUCAGCCAUAAGAUGUGUUUCCAUGUACGCUGGCAGUCCCAGAGAUGGUGAUGGUGUCUGCAGAAAUUCAGAAUAGCCUAGAAAGCUGGGACAGACUGGUUUCUCAGUAACAUUUUAGAGUACAUAGUAUCUUUCUUGGAGUUAGGAAUUUAGCAAGGCAGGGUUUUUUGUGCUAAGCUUUUAUGUGCUUGGAGAGUCAUUCUGGCUUCAGAAUGUCACAACCAGUGUCCACCAGCGAUCAAAUAAGAAAAAUGCCCUGUAGGAACCAACAAGGUCAGGCAAUUUCUAGGUCUAGAAUCCACUGUGCUUUUACGUUAAUCAUGCUUUUUCUAUACAACUGAAAUCAACUAAACUGACAGAAACCUCAUGUUAGAGGUUGUAGUUUCACAAGCAACAUUUGAAAGGAAAUCCUUUUAAAUAGAAGAAUUGCAAACCAGAAAAUGCUAAGUUCCUAGAAGGGUAAGGAUAAAGAGUUUUGAGUUUAUUUUUACUUCUCUGAUAGCAAGAACUUCCUUAUUUGAAUUGAAGAGGCCUAACAGUUGUUUGUUUUGUUUUUCCUCAUCAAGAAGUCUUCGGUGUGUCGAGGGUCUCACAGUCAUUCCUGGCUGGCCCCCAGGGACCUUGCAGAUCCUGGGGCACCAGCACUGAUCACAAGGACCUCAGUGGGAAUUCAGUGUGGGGAAAAUAGGUGUGUAAAUAACCAGUUGGAAAGAAACCCAUGUUCAUGAGUGAUUCUCCCUGCAUAUCCCGUCCCGAAGACAACAGAAAAAUAAAUCACUAAAAAAAAAAGAGGCCAAAUAACAUUAUGCAUUUGCCUUAGGUGCACAGGGUCACGUAUUCACUAGCUUAAAACAGCUCAUGUUAGAAGCCAAAGGAUACAUAAGAGCAAUCAGUAUUGUUAUCCGGCUGUCACCUCUCCCUGGGUUUCCUUUUGAAGAGAAACAGAAAAGGGGGGACAUUUUCCAAUAUAACCUUUUUUAUGGGUGAAAAUUAUUAAAAUGUGUCAUGUGUAUGCAUCGUGUGAGUGUGGCUGCGUGAAACAGAUGACCUCUCUUGUGUUCGUUCCUCCCCAGCAAUGUAUGCCAUCCAACCUCAUGCCUUAACCCAAUGAAACCAGUUCAUUUUUCCUCUUUCUCUUUCAAACUUCCCAAGUUAUCUUGCCCGGGCAUAGCUGAAAGCUUCAGCUUUGAACUUACAUUGCAUAUCUUCAACUGAAUUCACAAAAACAAUGAACUUUAAUAAUUUGCCCAAAUGCUUCUCCCUGUUGCCUUGAAAAGGUCUUUGGAGGUAGCUUGUGUCAUCACGAUAGCCUCCUCUGAACUGCCUUGGGUUAUUUUUCUGCUUUUCUGUCCUUUCUGUAAAGAGUACAUGUUUACAUAAACCUUGUCUCUCCCAGCCUAAUUUAUAAUAAGGUGGAAAUAAAAGUCUAGCUCAAACCUAGGAAAAUUCACGUUAUCUACACGUUAUCACGUUUGAUGAUAAGAACGGUCCCUUACAUUCUAGUUGCAAUAUGGUGAAUUCACAUCAUGUCAGCUCUUUUCCACCAAACUUGUUUACUCAUGCCCUCCUUUCGCCUUAAUUGCACACCUUUUAUUAAACCUACUAUUAUUCCUUCCAGAAUGGUUUCUCAUUUAUGUAGUAUACCACUGGUUACAAGCCAUCCUCUGGGAACCCAACCCACUUUAUCUUUUCAGUCGCUUAUUCUUGUUACAGAUUCCACUUCCAUGUAUCUCCCACCAACUACCCCUCAGCCUUCUAGCAGGCGUUAAAUGUAGUAAGACAAGUCAUAAUGCAAACUUGUCUAAAUUGCCCUUCCCAAGUAUGUGGAACAUCCUCUUCCUCCAAACAGCAUUCCUAUACUUAGAGAACAUAGAGUUCUCUAAACAUAUACCAAGCAAUGUACAGAAUAACUUUAAAAUGUUAACAGUAAAUGAGCUGUGUGGUGGAGAGAGGCAAAUGAUAGUGGACGGGCAUAGAAUUGAAUGACCAGGCCUUUAAGGCGCCUCCCUGCCUGGUUGUUUGACUUCAGACAUACCAUCACAUGCCUUCCAAGUUCCCUUCCAAAUUUCAACUAGUUGGAAACCAAGUUCACAACUAAAUUUCCAAGGACAUUUUAGAGAUGUUUCUUUGUGCAGGAAGUUACCAGAAUGACAUAGUAGCACUGUAGUCUCUGCUAAAACAGACCCAUAAAUAUCCUUUGUUUUAUAACUUUGGGGGUAACUCAUCAGGGUCGGCCGUCAGGUGUCAAGUGAAUCAAAUUCAAUACCUGUUCAUAUUCCUUUAAAAAUAUAUUGAAGCUAAAAUAUUUAGAAAUUAUAAUUUACAGAUGGCAGAAAAAUGUUUUUAAACAAUUUUAAUAAUGGUCUGUACUACAAAUAUUUCCCUUCAAGAGCACUGGAGAGUCUCAGAUAACAUAAAUCAGUGUGGUCCCUAUUUUUAGAUCUCUGGAAGACGUUGAUCCCUUUGGCCAUUCUCUGCAACUCAGUCUGGAAAAGCCCUGAAAUACUCCCUCCAGAGUGGAAGAGCCCAUCUCUAGGCAGCAUCUGAACAGAAAUGCUGCUGCAGCCCCCUUCAAUGUUUCUCCCUAGUGGGGACCCCAUCACUGUCUCUGUUCUGUAGGUGGAGUAGCCAGGUAGGCAUGAGCGCUCAGACAAGGGGCACCCUCCCAUCUAGUUGGAAAAGAUCCCAGGUCUUCAGAAUCUGUUAUAUGCUCUCCCUGCCCCACUUUCCCAACCACCCUCCUAUCCCCCACUUGACUAGUUCAAUGUGCCAAUUGUUUUAGGCACAGCUGUGACAAGACUGCAAGUUUACUUAUUAAAUUGUGAUUAACAUUUCUAGCUAUUCAUAUUUUUAAAGCAUGCACCCUCCCCACUCCAGUCUCUGAACAUGACCCCCAAUGUGAUUUCUUCACACAGAUAUUCUUAACUUUCUCCCUUUUUCAGAAGAUACUUUCCAACUCUAAAGUCCCAUGAUUCUCCUGAGAGCCCCCUGACCGUUCAGAAUUUCUGGGAGAGUGCCCAAAACUUCAUCCCUUCCAUUGUAGGCCAAUCUACAUAUAAGAUGGCCUCUUUUUUGUAAAGUUAGCCUAAUAUUCUGCUUCUUGCCUCUCACGGUGCAUAAAGCUGUUACUCCAACCUUCCUAUAUGCAAGUGUGCUCUUAAAGGAGGGAACUAAUAAUUUUCUUUUUCAGGUUUCUUAUACUUUACACAUUUGAGAUGGGUUCAUAGUUAAUGUCAUCUUUUUAAAAACAGGGGAAGCAUUUAUAAGUCUUCAAAUUCUCACCAAGAUAAGAUUAAUAUAUCAAGAGGAGAUAUAUAUACCAAUAUAUAUAUCAAUUAGGAUUCAUUCAGGUAUAAGUUACAAAAGAGGCAACUAAAAGUAACUUUAACCAAAAUGAUAGUUCAUAUAACAAUAAGUGCAGAUGCAGGGUGGUUCCUGGGCUAAUUAUUUCAAUAGCACAAUGAUGUCAUCCAGGACCUGGGUCCCCUCCCCAAACCAGUUCUUUCUAACUCUAUAUGUUAUUAGCACCCAUUGUGGUUGAAAAAUGGCCACAUUCAUGUACUGAUAUAAACUGGCAGAAACAAGGGAAAGUCUUGCCUUAGGUAUCUUUUUAAAAGCAAGGAAAUCUUUCUCCAGAAAACUCUUCCAAGCAAUUCCAUUGGCCAGGGUUGGAUUCGACAACCAUUCCUAAACCAGUCACUGAUAAAAGGAAUGAAAUUAUCAUGAUGGGUUACAACAUUGAUCCAAUGAGUUGCCCAGUGCCGGGGGAAUAAAAGAUAGAAUAUAUUAACAAAAAGAAGGAAGAAUGGCUUUGGGGUAGAUAUCCAAACAUGACUGUCACACAUCGGUCUAAAUUUUCAGAAGACUUUGUCACACAUAAUUUCAUGAUUUGAUCUUCACUACAACCCUGUGAAAAUUAUGAUGACAAUACCAAUAUCUGGAAAUGGAGGCUAAAUAGGUUCUAAAUGAUUUACCCAAAAUCUGUAACGAGUUAGCGAUAGAGUUAGUAUUCAAUCUGAGCUUUUUUUUUUUUUUUUCCGGACUGCAAAGGGAAAGCUAUAUCUACUCUAACCACACUGCCUCGAACUAAUCCUUUGUACCUUAUGAUACAGGUUUUGGGUGGUUCAAAGAUAAAAGGGGAGUAGGAAGAAAGAGAACAAUUUCCAUCCCAGAUACUGUGGCCAGUAAACACUUGUUCUUUUUUUUUUUCUCUUUCUCUUCCACCCUGCACACACCGCCCCCCCCAAACACAUACAAAAGCCUUUCAUUAUUCUCUUGAGGGAAAGUGUGGAAGGAAUAGCUUGAACAACAACUGAAUAGCCUGAGGUGUGCCCCAGUUCUUUUUUGGAGAACAUUAGGGGACCACAUGCCCCAGUUUCCCUGAAACAACUACAUUUCUCUCUUGGAUUUGUCCAUUUAGAUAAUAAUCAUAUAGUCAUACUAAUUAUAGGUCUCAUAACUCCCAUCCCUGGUGGGUAUUGGAAAUCUUAAUAAGAUAAUAUUAAUACCCUGGAGAAAAUAUAUGCCUUGGCUACCUAUGAAUCAUUUAAGCCUGAUCUCAGUCUCUCCAUCACUCACACUUUAUUUCUCAUUGUUCCCCUUACCUAGCUUCAAGCAAACUAACCCUCACAUUUCUACUGCACCAACAGCCACAUGCUUGUUGCUGUUUGAAGUUUUAAAUUUCUUUUCCACUGCCCAGAUUUUCCUCUUUCCUUGCCCCUCCCCAACGGUGGAUUAUGAAUCAAACCAACAUCAUCCAAAAAGCCAUCCAUGAGCAACCUUUCCUAUUCUGUUUACUCUCCUGCUAGCUCUCUCUCAAUUCUUGUGGUCACUUAGUCCAUAAUGAUAGGUGUUGAAUUUGUGUAUCUUCUGGUAGUUAGAAAAAUAAAUGCUUUGCUUCCCAAAAUAAGGUCCUUAAGGGUAAAUGCCCCAUUUUCUAAUUCUUUUCUAUUGCCCAAAGCAUUUGUUGUUCUGUCCAUGGUAGAGAGUCUGUAAAUACUGAUUGAAUGACCUACACUGGUAAAUGUGGGAACAGAAAAAUUUCCUACGGACAGUACUUCAGGAUUACAGAUAAUAACUUGUGAAACCUGUGCCGCCCACACCCUCCCCCAACUUAUUUCAGUUCCAUAGAGCCUAGGUCUACAACCUCUAAACAGAUAAAAAAUACAGUCAAACUUACAGAUGAACUCAGGUUUGGGUCUGUGCAAAGUGGUCAUUGAGAUUUUCCCCAAAUGCUUAUGACUUAAACAGACUGAAUCUUAAAUUCUACCAGUUCCGGCAUAAUUGAACUUUCUGUGCUGAUUACGACCUAUUUAAAAAAUUCUUCGUUCAAAGUUUCAUUACCCCUUCCCCCUGUAUACUCCUUUUUGCCUUAUUAAAAGCCUUCUGCAUCGAGGUCGUGGGGGGUGUUUACUCUCAAAGUUGGGACUGCAUUGCCUAAUUGGAGCACUCCAGUGUGAAUUCUAAGAGAAUACUUCUAGAGGGUAUUGCACACCAGAUUUCAUUUCUGCCAAGAAAUGAACAGAAGGUUUAGAACUAUCUAAGAGGGAUGGGCAGUUUUUGCUGUCCCUCAAGACUGCAUAAAAUAGAUGUAUGGAGAAAUACGUUUCCUGCAGCCCUUCUUUCAAUUGUGAACUUUCCUGUUCCCCUGUUCUAUAUAUUAUUUACAAAUUUGCAUAAAAGUAAUAAAUAUAUCAUUUGCAAGCCUUACCUCAGAGUGGCAACCAGCCACCCGUUUUACUAGAUAACGUAUUUUUCUACUUGAUAUUCCCCCAAAUACAUUGAAUUGCAAUGUAUCUGCUUUUUCUUUUUUAAGCUAAUCAAUUCAUGUUAAUCUGUUUCCUACAUCUUUUUAAAACACUCACUGGAUAAAGCUUGAAAUCUUUUAUAUUUUGCGACAAUGCUCCUGAGACAUUUUUAGGGAAGCCCCUUGAUUAUUCUAACUCAGUGCAGUGUUAUGCAAAGCAGAAUUAUAAAUAAAGUGAUAUUUCAUAUUCAGAACAUCCACUACUAGGUAUGGAAUGCUCGUGAUUAGAUAUGCAUAUAUUUAUUGACUGUGUUCUUUCAACUCCUUAUUUUAGAGAGGGCCAUGAACCCUCUCGAUACAAACUACCAUGCAGCAUUAUUCCAAAGUCAAGGUUGCAUGAGGUUUUCAGAAAUUCUAAAUGUUUACAAAGACUAAAAGUUUUUUGACAUCGUAAAUAAGCUUUUUAUUUUUGACCACCAGGCAGCAUUUUGUGCCAUUGUGAUGGGAACCUAAUGGCUAAUGUGAAAUAAUGUUGUUGUGUCAUUUAAAAGGGUAAUGAAAAUGUAAAUUGGAAAUUUCAACAUUGUGUACAUACAAAUAAAACUGUUUUUGAGAGAACACAUCUGGGUUAGGGUGGCUUGCUUGAAAAAAUUCUCUUGGCUGUCCAUCAUCUCUGAAUAAUAGUUUCACUUCUGUGACUUUACCCAAGGAGACUCAAGCCGAGGCAAAGAUCUUUUCACAGUGAUUCGGGAGGCUUGGGAAAGCAGGACUCCUUAGGCUAAAGAAUGGGGUAAUUUCUAUUCCUGCCAGCAAUGGAACACCUCUUUGGCACCACCUCACCGAAAACCUGAUUGAAUACAAAAAUUAGCUACACUCUCCAGACCAGUCUCCUGCUGUUUUAAUUCACAGCACCCUGUCCUAAGUAGCUGGGGCUUUCAAAGGCAGGCACUACAUAUACACAAAAAUUCAUACCUUACGUUGCCUCUCAAAACCUGUUAUGCUUAUCAGGUAUGUUAGAAUAUGUUAAGUGUUUUAUUCCUUGUACUUUUAAGUCCCCAGUAAUCAAUUUGCUGAAUCGUCUACUUACCCUCCUACCGAACCUGAUUUAGCUAAUCUAUGUCCUGAUUGCUAUUACACAGUUCUUGUAAAGAAAAUAAUCCCUUUCCCCCUCUUUAUUCUUCAGCAGGCAGAACUUCUUUAAUUGGAAAGAAACCAUAUAUUAAUGUUCUUUUGUUCUUUUUGACAUCAGCAUUUGCUUUCUUACAUAAGCAGAUAAUACCUUUUAUAUACCUACCAGACCACUAGAAAAGCUAUAUGGCAAGAAUAAGUAUUUCUGGAAACCAAUAAAUUUGAAUGAAAUGGGAUAGGUUUAAAAAAUGCCAAGAAAAGAAAGGUGGACUCCCUGCUUUUAUAAUUCCAGUUUCUAUUUUGUAUCAAUAUAUGCUGCAUUUUCUGAUUGAAACUACUGUUGUGUUUAAAGAAACUUGAGAUUUUCUGUGGUUGCUUUUUACAUUUGAAAUCAAACUUUCAUACUGUUUGUUUGACUGUAAUCUUUCUGUUAGGGAUCUGAUUAAAAUAUACUAAGCGUUUCAUUAAUUCCUUUUUAAGUCCUUAUAGUUUGUGACGUUAUGACUUUGCUAUCUCAAAAACUAUCUGUGGACAAAAUCCAUGAAGCCUGUAGACUGUGAUUUAUACACAUGAAAGAAGAAACGGAGUUUUCCCUCUAAGCAGUGAAUCAGCGAAUAAGAAACUGUCCAGUGUCCUCUGAUUCCUGACCCUUUUAUCUUUCAUGGCCUUUUUUCUAUUCUUAAUCAUUCAUUGAAUAAUCAUGUAUUCUUGUAAAAAGAAAAUCAACUUACAUGCAAUCAGGUACGGACACAAGAAACGCUUGUGCUCCCGAGAUCAGGACUCACAGAUACUCCAGCAGUCCCAGGACUGUAGUUCACUCAGUGUUUUUGUUCAUUGUGUGGCUUUGCUAUAACGUUGCUGUUUUCUUUGCUCUGGUACUACAGGAUUUUAAAUGUUUCAGCAAAUGAAAGAAAACACAUUUGAAGGCUGGUGUCAAAAACCACCAGCUAGACUCACAAAAGCCGUUGUGUAGCUUCUGAAAUGUAGUUGGAUGCUGUAAAUAUGUACAAUUUAUGUUAGCUUGUUUAUUCCUAAAACACAAAUAAAACUUUUUUAAAUUUAAAA